UCAAAAAGAAAUAUACAAUGUGUGUAACAUUGCCGUAGGUCAUAGGUAACUCACAUUUAGAAAAGUGAAAAUUGCGGAAUCACUUUCCAUACUAACUUUUCGAAAUAUUUCUAUCAUUCAUUCCAAGCAGAAAAAUUGACGUAUGCCAUAAGUCUUAAUAAACAACCACGUGUUUGGAAUUUCUACUGAAAUUAAUCAUCGCAUGAACAUUUAAGUGCGAUAAUCAUUUCAAACAUUUCAAAGUAUAUUAAACAUUUUAUUGUUAGAUACAAAUCUAACGAAAUACGAACAAUUAUGAGCAGUUUACAUCUUGGAGCUGAUUCUCAGAAACCAGCAGAAGUGAAAGGACAAGUUCGUUUGUAUGGUAUGAAAUUUUGUCCUUUUACACACAGAAUUCGAUUAAUACUUUCUUAUAAAAACAUUCCACAUGAUACUGUUAAUAUCAAUAUCAGGAAUAAACCAAAAUGGUACUUGGAAAUUCAUCCAGAGGGUAAAGUUCCUGCACUUGUUGAUGCUGAUGGUAAAGUAAUAGUUGAUUCAUUAGUCAUAGCAAAUCAUUUAGAUGAAAAAUAUCCUGAGCCUUCCUUAUAUGAUGAAAAAACAAAAACUCGUGACUUAGAACUGUUAGAUCACUAUUCCAAGCUUGUUAGUAUUUUCUCAAACUGCAUUCAUAAUAACGAUAGCAGACCGCUUAAAGAAAUUGUUGCUGAAUUUUCAUCUUUAUUAGUAGAGUUUGAAGAGGAACUUAAAACUCGUGGAACUGUGUAUUUUGGAGGAGCACAACCUGGUAUGUUAGAUAUACUUAUGUGGCCAUGGGUUGAACGACGAAAAUCUCUAUCUCUCAUUUAUGGAGAACCUACAAAUUUCAAUGAUGGAAAUUUCUCUCAUUUAAUGAAAUGGAUGCAACAGAUGAAGGCACAGCCAUUUGUACAAGAAAACGAAUGUUCACAUGAAAAAUUUGCUCAGUUAGUCAAAGAUUUGAAAACUGGAAAUGUUGAUUUCGAUAAACUUUAAAUCCUUCAAUUAUUAUGGUAACGUGAAAUUAUAUUACUUUUGCGAUAUUAUUAUGCGAUAAUAAGUAUUUUAAUUUUUAUAUAUAACAUGCACAUGUAUAUAUAUGUUAACACGUAAUAAUUUAGGUUUUGGAAAUAAUUAUACUCAAGUUCAUAAGGUA